GCUCACGUUACACUCACUCGUUUGAAGAUCAGGUACCGACUCGGUGACCGAUUUCGCUCGUGGAAGCGCGGGUUUUAUCGUUGGCGGAUGCCCCCUCGCGAUUUUCGACACUCGUCACCAGUUUCGUUCGCGGACGGCAGCCUUGAUGCUGGAACGAAGCAAUCGUACGGAAUUCCUUGCUUGUUCUUCUCAAUUGGACUAGACUGGAGCCGACAGCGUUCUCUCUUCUUAAUCGUUUUUUUUUAAAUUACUAACCUCGUCGGUAUACGUGAGUUCUUUACUCAAGUACCAUAGCAUUAAAUCGCGAAUUUCCUUCGACUCGACGAAUUCUUGAGUAUAUUAUUAUUUGUUAUUAUUAUUCAUAAUCCUUGCCUUUUGGCUUAGGAUGGCUUCCGGUUUACAUUUCCUCUUAUUUUCUUUAUCUCUUAAAUAUAUUUCGUAAAUCUCGAAUUCUUGAGUAUACACGUAUACUCAUAAUAAAUAGAUUAUCGAGUAUAUUAUUUAAGAAUGCUUUUCAGUAAUUCUAGGAUGCCUGUUCAUUGAUAUUUAGGUAUAAAAAUAAGCUCGAUCGCGUUCCGAUGUUAUGGUGGAGCAUUUUUCACGGAAACCGAGGGGGACUUGCUAUAAUACGGUAUUUUUAUACUUACAUUACCGUGCAUAAGUAUUUGGACACUACCAAAUUAUCGCAGAUAUGUAAAUUAUGCUUCAAAUGCUACUCUGAUCUAAUUUCCACUUUUCAUUCUAUCUCAAUAAAAAUAAAACAGCAAUAAUCGAAGGCGAAUGAAAAUUAGUUCUGCAGGGCAGUUCUACCUCAGCUAAGUGAUUUUAAACGUGUCUUUUCAAUCUUGUUUCUUGCCACGUUUUAUAUAAAAGUUAUUUACAAAUAAACAAUGCUAGAUCCGAUAAAAUAAUGAUAAAUAAUAAAUCUAUUAUAUAGAUUUUAUGAAGUGUCAACUAUUCAUUGUAGAUAAAUACGAACCUUGAGUAACGUAGCUAUAUUCUUUGUUCGAGUUUAAAUUUAGCAGACCAUUUGAUCGCAGUUAUUGCAAGAAGCGUAAAGUUAACAGUAAGGGAACAUUCUGCUAUUAUAACGUUGAAAAUGUAAUAAAAAUAUCGACUCUUUGGUCGGAUUGCACCAACUGUCCAGAUAUUUAUAUAUGGUAGUGUAUACUUAUGAUAACAUUAUUUUUGACAAACUUUAUCGUACAAACGAUCGUUCGAUUUACGAAUUAGAAAGAUAACAUGCUUUAAGACACAACGAGAUAGAAGGGAGAACAGUUGACUCUGUUACACACUGUACACGAUACUCAAUUAGGAUAAAGAAUACACGCAAUGAGAAUAAAACUGAACUGAUAGGAAAACGAAAAAUUUUGAUCGUGCAUUCGCGCCGGAGAGUAUCUUCUGUUUCCGGCUACGUCUUCCGGAAACCCGUCGGCGCGGUCGUGCUGGGAAAUUUGAACGAGGUUUAAUACCAAAAAGAAAAAAAUCUACCGGUGCUCUGCUCAGUAAACAAAAAUCGACGAGCAAAGCAAAGAUAACGUCUCCACAAUAAGUGUUCGCGAUUCGAUAAGAUUGUUCUCCUUGGUCUCUGGUAAAAAAAAAAGUUCUUUGAACCAACGCCGGGCGGGACAUUAGAGAAAUUGGCUUCCUUUCUUAACAAGUUCUGGUUUAAGGUGUGUGAAAAUGCCGGAUACUAAGGCAAUUGCACAGCUGACAAUCACAACGUGAGCGGUUGUUCGUUUCGCGGAUCAUCCGGGGGAUAAUGAUUACAGAACAGACCUGGAGCAUGAUGCUGGACAGUGAUGUCGCGGGCAUCAAUGAGUUGAGUAUUUCCCCGAGGAAACAAUUAUGGAUCAAGGCUGUGAAGAAACUAACUUCCGAGAGGCUGGGGAGGGAAGGAUUGGCGGCCUGGGAGGACCGGAAAUCCAACAACGAUCCGGAAGUUCCAGACAUCAAUGAAACAACCGAUCCAACCGAGGAUGCGGACAUUUCUACCGACCCGGACGUGGCUCUUGCUGAUCAGCCUGUUGAUGCAGAAUCUCAAGCGCAGCGAGAUGUUUUCAAGAAAGGCGUACUCUAUAAGGGAAUAUUUUGUCCAUCGCUUUCGAACAGCUUCCACAGCAAACAGCUCGAGACGUCCUACCUUCAUUACUCGAAUCGUCAACGGCAGAAAUCAUUGAUCAUGCUGAAUAUCGUCGAUCUUAGCUUAAAGAUUAUUCUUAUGGCGAUAUGGCUGUGGGAAAGAGACGAGAACAGCGGCGGCCUGAUCGAAUCGUUGUCUUGGGCGAUCUGCUGUAUGAUAGCGAACUUGGUGGUUUGCGUUCUUGGCUGGUGGCGGUGUUUCUCCAAUAAUUAUUUAUACUGGGCUUCCAUAUUCACUUGGUUACUGAUCAAUUCUCAAGGUUUUAUAGGAGCUGGUCUAGAUUUCUCUAGUCAACAACGUCUUAUGUGGUACAUUUUGUUUGUCGUGUAUGCGCCGUAUGCCAUGCUGCCGUUACCUUUGAGAUGGUGUGUCCUUGCCGGUUACGGGACAGCUUUAACUCACAUGGUGAUGGCGGGAAUAACUUUAUUACGAGAUCCCACAUAUCUGCAUGAUGUCACGUGCAUAGUUCGAAUGCUAACAACCAACGUCCUUCUUUAUCUUGCAAUGAAUCUAGCUGGCAUGUACACUAAGUAUUUGACAGACAGAGGACAGAGACAGGCUUUCCUGGAAACGCAUAGAUCCAUGGAAACCCGGCAACGAACUCAAAACGAGAAUAAUCGACAAGAGAAGUUGCUCCUUUCCGUUUUACCAGAUUUCGUGGCUAAGGAAAUGAUCCGUGAUAUCGCUCGUGAGACUGCACGAGGUGGAACAAUCUCUUUUACACCUAAUCAAUUUCAUAGAAUAUAUAUCCAUCGCUACGAAAAUGUGAGCAUACUUUUUGCUGACAUCAAAGGUUUCACUGCUUUGGCCAGCCAAUGUAGUGCUCAAGAGCUCGUUAAAGUGUUAAACGACUUGUUCGCACGUUUCGACAAGCUCUCUGCAGAAAAUCAUUGCUUACGUAUUAAAUUACUUGGGGAUUGUUAUUAUUGCGUUUGCGGACUGCCGACUCCUAGAAGCGACCAUGCUCAUUGCUGCGUCGAAAUGGGCUUGCACAUGAUUAAAGCAAUAAGAGAUGUGCGGUAUACAACAAAGGUUGACCUAAAUAUGAGAAUAGGAAUUCAUAGUGGCUCGGUACUGUGUGGCGUACUUGGACUUCGAAAAUGGCAAUUCGAUGUCUGGUCUUACGAUGUAACGCUGGCCAAUCAUCUUGAAAGUGGAGGCAUACCAGGGAGAGUACAUAUUUCGGAGGAUACUUUGAACUGUUUAAAUGACGUGUACGAAGUGGAGCCAGGAAACGGAACCGAGAGGGACAAUUACUUAAAAGAGAGAAAUGUGGUAACGUACUUAAUCAAACAGGUGGAACCUUUGAGAUGCAGACGUCGAUAUUCUUCACGACCUAAGAUAUGGACCGAGGAGGAUGCAAGUAAAAGUAAAAAGAGCUUCAAAUUGAACAAUCCAUUAGCUGCAAACAGUAGCGCUCCGAACUCAUCCACGGACGACGACAUUGGAGUGGAUUGGACACCGGAAAUACCAUUCGAAAACUUGAAUACUGCGACGUCAGUCACCAAUUUGGAGUCAGAGUACCUCGAGGAAGAGAAUGGAUCCGCGAAAAGUAACAAGGUUGCGUCUGCUACAUCCGCUGAGAAAUUGAAGGCGGCAGGCCUUGAAACUGCAAGUAACAAGCGUAUGAGGUUGGCGAACAUAAAUGCUUGGACUUUGCGUUACAAUGACGAAAGCCUGGAAUCAAAGUUCGGCCAAUUGCGCGAGGAUAUGUUUAAAUCCAACAUGAUUUGUUGCUUCGUCGUGUGGAUAUUCAUCGCAAUUUGUCAAGCAGUGAUAUUGCCAGACUGUAUUAUUCUUUUGGGUUCGCUGCUAUUGACGACGCUCAUACUGGUAGCAUCUUCAAUUCUGGUGAUGGCAGAAGAGUUCAAAACAUUACCAACAUAUUUGCAACACGCUUCUUCGAUGUUGGUUCACAACAAGCAGCAUCGAACGAUCUUCAUAUGUAGCGUAAUCAGUCUUAUGGCUUUAACGUCUAUAGUCGGUGUCCUGGCGUGUCCAACGUCGAUUCGACAAUAUCCUGAAGCUUUGGAACUUCAGCAGCAGCCAUUAAUGAACCCAACACUGCAACCAGAACGACUAGUAGCACCGACUGCUGGUCUCGACCAGUUCAUCUUGACGUUUCUGGAAGCGGCCCUUCGCGAUGAGCCUUCAGAAGAGCAGAAAGAUGUUUCUUCGAAAGAAAAUCAAACUGCACCGCAUGGUUCUAAUAACGUUGAUAUGGAACUGACAAGAAUCCUCAAUGACAGGGCCAGUCUGGUGAAAGGUCGAGGAAGAAAAGAGUUUUUCAGGUUCUAUAGAUACGAACAACGCCACCGACUUGUGUUUGGAAGGCAUUAUAGAAGAUUUGCUUGUAAUCGUAGGGACGAAGACGUCGUUUUGAGGAAAAUGUCAUCAACACCGGAAACGGAAGUUCAAGCGGAACCUAUGUAUUCGUUGGAUUACGAUGAUGACAUCGUUUUGGGGACUACCUGUGUACGACCGGAAUACAUUGUGUUCACAUGGAUCUUAUGCCUGAUUGCGUUAGCCUCUGCACUGAAAUUGUAUUAUUUAGUGAAAACGGCAUUGGCCACGAUCAUCGUGUCCGUUUACGCCGUGCUGAUUCUCGUAGUCUGCAAGGACUUUUUUUCGAUCCCUGACGAGGAGAAGGAUGCAGCAACGAUACCUCUCUCGGCACAAAUGCUCACGUUUAUGUUAGUAUUCCUGGUAAUGGUUACGUAUCAUGGUAGAUUAGUAGAAGUAACGUCCAGAUUAGAUUUCCUUUGGAAACAACAGGCUGAGAGGGAGCUAAGUGACAUGAUUGAAUCUCGACAUAAUAACAUGCAGUUGUUGAAGAAUAUCUUACCUGACCACGUAGCCCAUCAUUUUUUAACACAAGAAAGAGCACCAGAGGAAUUGUAUUCUCAGUCGCGUGACAUAGUUGGAGUGAUGUUUGCUAGUGUACCGAAUUUCACAGAAUUCUAUUCAGAAGAUGUUAAUAAAGGAAUGGAAUGUAUACGUUUACUGAAUGAAAUCAUUGCUGAUUUCGACGAACUUCUGGAUGAGAAUCGGUUUCAUUGCAUUGAAAAGAUAAAGACAGUCGGAGCAACUUACAUGGCAGCUUCUGGUCUCAAUCCUUCUCAGAAUGAUAAUAACAAGGAUAACAUGGAGCAUUUGUGUAGAUUAGUGGAUUAUGCAGUAGCCAUGCGACUUCGUCUUGAGGAUGUGAAUAUACACUCUUUUAAUAAUUUCGACUUAAGAGUGGGCAUCAGCUGCGGCCCAUUGGUAGGCGGUGUGAUCGGUGCUCGAAAGCCUGUAUUCGAUAUUUGGGGCAACACUGUAAACUUGGCUUCCCGCAUGGACUCUACAGGCGUUAUGGGGAAAAUACAAGUCCCGCAGGAUAUUGCUAGGUUUUUGGAAUCGAGAGGAUAUCAAACUCAGAAAAGAGGACUUAUUGAAGUUAAAGGGAAAGGGACGAUGGAGACGUAUUUCGUAUUGGGCAAGGGAAGUCUACAACAAGAAGGCACGACUAAGCACACAACAAGAUGCCGAAGUCUUGCAGCAGUUGUUUAUGGUGUCGUUCAAGCACGUCGCAAGCAAAUGCGAGCGCUUAGGAGGACAUAAGUAUUCUAUUCACAUCAGCUUUUUUUUGGUUCGUUGGUGCCUAUAGUUAUGUACAAACGAUUCACCUUCGUCAAAUUAGCAACUAACUUGUGAGAUAAGACUUAAAAUGAAUGACUACAGUAACUCUUUUAUUUUUGAAGACAAAAGAAUAUUUUUUAGAGAUCGUUUAGUUUAGAGGAAAAGAUUUCGGUAAAUUUAUUUUUCUGUGUAUUCCUUUGUCACCUUAAAAUCACUAUCGUUUUAUUACAUUAUUAAUAAUUGUCUGUUACAUUCCUUAAGAGAGCAAAUUUUAUUACUAAGAUCGUGACUGUUCUAAUUUUAAAUUUGUUUGGUAAUCAAAUAUAUUUUUUUAGAUGUUGUAUAAAAUCUGUUAAUCAUAGAGUAAUUUAAUAAUGAAAUAUAAUUAACAAAGUGAAUAACAAAAUAAUUUAAAUAUUCUUGUCUAAAAAUAUAUGUAAUAUUUCAGUCGAAUUAAUUAAUUAAUUACUAAUUGAAAUAUUUUUUUUCCUUCUAAAUAUAAGAGUUAUCAGAUAAUCCAUUUUAAGUGACUCAUCGACUAUUAGAGCUCAAAGGACGACGAACACCUGUAGUUAACAUACUACCCAAUACACUUUCUUUUUUUGUCGAAGUGUUGGAUAACAUGUUAAUUAACGUGUUUUGAUAAUAUUUAUUAUUAUUGACCAGUGUAAAUUGUAAAUUAAUUUCGUUCUGUAUUUAUAAUUGUUAACUUUUCUUUGACUCACUUCUUUCUUCUAACAACUCUAUAAAAACAUAAUUUUUACUUCCAUUCCAUUAUUUAAGAAUACUUUAUGAAUGUAACGAUAUUAUUUAUAAAAGAUUAUAAAGUAGUCUGUGAUCCAUUUUAUUUUAUAAAUGGAUAUAUUUCAAGAAGUAUUUUGAAUUAAAUAUAUAAAUACUAAAACGAGGGACAUUAAUAUUUAAGCAAAGUCAGUGAUUGAAAGCAUCAAGGACAUUUCAGGAAUUUUAUGUUCUUCUCAUAGUAAAAUUCAUUAGAAGUUUAUAUGAUUUUCAUUUUUUUGAAGAAAUCUUAAUAACAAUAUUCUUGCAACAAUAAGAGGAAUCUUGGGGAAAUAUGAAUGUCUUUGAAGUAUCCUUGAAGCUAAAACCUCCUCGACUUCUUGCUUUAAAAUUUUAACAAAUUUCACUAUCUUUCUCACUGUUACAGUGAUUGUGUUUUUAAUUCAUUGUACUUUUUAUUAUGUAUCUAUUUAUACUAGAUUAAAAUGGACCAUUUUAUAGAGGAUUAAGUUAUUUUUCUUAGCUACGAAUAUAAUCACAUAAAUGUGGCUCUUGUUUCCAGAGAACUGAAAUUCUAAUGCAUCUCUUGCAUAGGUGAAAAAUAGACUUGGCUGUAGAAUCAGUCAACACCAAGAAUAGUACCUAUCUAAGUGCAUUAAGUUUAAAAUUUUAUAUGCUGCUAUAUGUAGAAAUCUUACGAUAGACCAGUUUUACGUAUUAAUGAAUUCUUGUACAUUCUCCAUUUUUUCUGCUUCUAUUAUAUUUCUGUUCUGUAUUUACUAUAAUGAAACAAAUUCCAAUAUCUGUAAAUAUUAAUCCAACGUGUAAAGUAAAUAACAACAAAUCUGGAAAUAUAUGCAAUAAUAUAUAAAAAAUAUAAACUAAAUUAUGGAAUGACAUUGUUGACACAGUAAUAAAUAAGUUAAUAGUUAACAAGACUAAAACGAUCAAUUCAAACAUGUUACACAUAUCUGUUCUACUUUAUAAUGAACAUGACCAGGAAUUGUCACGUUUUUGUUAAAGUCCAUUGAGUGUGUUUUGAGUCUUGCAUGUAGGAAAUAAAAAAAUCUCGUAUAGCAA